AUGGCCCCGGCCACGCCCGGCCCUUCGGCGCCGCACCGCGCACCCGGGCCCCCCGGGGUCCUCAUAGGCCGGAGGACACGCGCAGGCCUCCUGUCUCACCUCGAGUUUUACGGGGACCGCCGGCGGCGCCCGCGCCUCCACCCGCCCGCACACCUGGCCCCGCGCUGCAGUGGAGACAGCGGCAGAGACGGCCCGACCGUCACGUGCCGCAGAACCAAGAGGCCUCGGCUACCGCUGCUGCCGCGCGAGCGAGCCCCACCGCGCAAAGCCCGGCCCUGCGUCCGCCCCUCGCUCCUGAGCUCGGCACUGGGCACCCACGCGCCCCACAAGGUCCACUCGGUCCUCACCCUGGAGGCCUUCAGGUGUCUUAGCUCAGGCCACAUCAGCCGCCUGUGGGAGCAGCUGCAGCAGUUCUGGGCCGACCACUUCUCGCAGCGCUUCUCCCCGCGGCGCCCGCCGCUGCGCCGCAUCUCCUCCAUGUCCACCUUCUACUUGCUAGACCACCGGACGCGCCAGGCCGAGCUGGGCCUCAGCUACGGCGCGCCGCGCACUCGCCUGAGCGACGAGGCCUUUGUGUUCCGCGGCGGCCAGUGGACCACCGAGGGGCAGCCGCGGCGGUCGCGACCGCCGCUGCCCUCACCCAGCAACUCGGGCUGGAAGACGCAGGUGCAGGGGGUCAACAGCCAAUUGUUGCUGGAGGAGAACAACUACCUGAAGCUGCAACCACAGCGCGCAUGCACCUGCUGGAGAAGAAGUUCGAUUCCCAGGCCAGCCCGGCGUCUGGGGCGCGCUCCUGGCAGAGGAGGAUGCGCAAACGCGAAGGCGCGAACGCGGUGCUCUUGCUCCAGCCGCGCGCUCUGGAGUCGCGGUGACGCAAUAAAGCCCGUGCGGCGCACGCGCAUUUCGCUCCUCUCUGCCGGCCCCGGCGCCUUCGUAGGCAGCCAAGUGGGGUCGGCUCGGGCUCGCGACCUGCGGAUUUCCUGUGCUCUCAAAGAGACUUGGCCAUCCUGGACCUUCAUUUUGUCCUACAGCAGUGGCCUUGAGCUGAAUCCUGGCUGUUACCUCCUGGUGAGCUUCACUCCUUUCUUCUGCUCAGAACUCUGGGGAUCAGAGCUUUGCAGAAAAAUAUUUUGGGGCUUGAAGAGGGAGGUCAAAGAGGCCGCAGAUUUGUCUACAGCAAGAGGAAAGAUGAAGGGAAAUGGGAGCAGAGAAGCUGGGCUCCAGAGGGUGCUCGAGGACAUUUGGCCGCACCUCCGUGCCAUCUACGAGGCUGGCCCGACGCUGACACCUCAUCAGUACAGGCCGGGAGACUGGGUCUACGUCAAGAGGCACCACCGAGAGACCCUCGAGCCGCACUGGAAGGGACCCUACAUCGUGGUGCUGACAACCCCCACCGCUCUCAAAGUAGACGGCAUCGCGACCUGGGUCCAUCACAUCCACGUUCGGCCAGCGGACCCCUCCACGAUCCGGAAGGACUUUGUCAUGCGAUGGGCUGUCAAUUGGGACCAACACAACCCGCUCAAGCUCAGGUUAUAGCACAUUCGACCCACCUGAUAUUGGUAACUCUGUUAGCUCUGCUUGUCACUGCUCAUGCUGCCGAGAGUCCCCACGCCCCCCAAAACAUCACCUGGCAGAUCAUAGACACCAGCUCGGGGACAAUACUUAAUCAGACUUCCCAGAGCCACCCCAGGGAUACUUGGUUCCCAGAACUUUGCGUAGACCUCCAAACUCUGCUCCCCUUGUCACCAUAUGCCCCCGGAUUCCAUGCGCAGAACCUUUAUUUCUAUGUCUGCCCCGGCCACUCUCCCUCGAGCUCAUGUGGGGACGCGGCUGACUACUUUUGCGCCUCCUGGUCAUGUGUCUCGACGGGGCACAUCUGGUGGACCCCACCACGCUCCGGAGAUCUCAUUGUGGUAAAGCGGCCCAGUGGCCCUCGACCGCCAUAUGCCUGGGGGCGUGGUAAUCCCAUAGUUAUAUCCUUUACAAGCCAAGGUAAAAAAACAACAGGAUGGGAGAGUGGAAAAACCUGGGGACUCAGGAUAUAUGACUGGGUUAGGCUGGGAGCCAAGGACAAGGGAACGUUAUUUACCCUCCGAAUGCAAGCGACUCCCCUUGCCCAGCAGUCCCCCACAGGGGUAGGACCCAACCAAGUACUAGUUCCCCGACCUGCCCCCACCCGGACAGCCACUCCCAGAAACACCUAGACCUUGGCCACACAGCCCUCCACAUCCCCUGUCCCUACCGGAGCAUCACCCGCAUCUCCUGCCCCAGGUCACAACUUACUAUCUGAUACAGACCCCUGUGGAGCACAGUUGUCGGAGCAUACCAGGUACUAAACACUUCUAGACCCGACCUGACCAAGUCCUUUUUGCUCUGUCUAGAUGUCCGGCCCCCAUAUUACAAAGGUAUUGCCAUUAAAGGCAAUUAUACAACAGCCUCCAACUCUAGUUCCUGCAGAUGGCAGCAGGCUACUGCAAGACUAAUCCUCCAGGCGGUAACAGGGCAGGGCACUUGCAUACGCCACGUGCCCCCUGGGCAGUCACAUCUCUGUAAUGAAACCCUAACAGUCCCCAGGGAGACAGUGUAUCUACUUCCCCCCGAAUAUGCAUGGUGGGCCUGUUCCAGCGGCCUCGCUCCCUGCGUCCACUCCCAAGUCCUUAACUCCUCGAAAGAAGGCUUCUGCAUACUCGUGCAGUUGAUCCCCAAGCUAGUGUACCAUUCGGGGGAAGAAAUACUUAACAGGUUAGGCUCUACUAACCCCUGAAGUAAGAGAGAGCCUAUUACAACCCUAACUCUGGCUGCGCUCUUGGAACUGGGAUUAGCGGGGGCAGGGACCGGAAUAUCCUCACUCGUCAUCCAGGACAAAAACUACGGAACCCUAAGGGCAGCCAUUGACUUAGACAUAGAAUUGAGAAAUCAAUUUCUCAUUUACAGGAAUCCCUUACUUCCUUAUCAGAAGUAGUACUCCAAAACAGAAGGGGAUUAGACUUAUUAUUCAUGCAGCAAGGAGGACUCUGUGCAGCCCUAGGGGAAGAAUGUUGCUUCUAUGUUGAUCACUUGGGGGUCGUAAAAGAAUCUAUGGCCCUCAUAAGGAAAGGGCUGCAAAAACAAAAGUUUAGAGAGAGAACAAUCUCAGUCCUGGUACGAGUCUUUGUUCAACUGGUCUCCCUGGUUAGCUACCCUCAUCUGGGCCCUUGCCGGACCCCUCACCAUCCUGCUCCUACUAUUAACCCUCGGACCCUCUAUCAUCAACAGACUGGUCCAGUUUGUCAGGGACUGCAUAGGGGCCGUCCAACUAAUGGUCCUCCGUGCUCAGUGCAAGCCCCUAAUAACAGAAGAGGACAAAAUAGAAAUGCAGCCGGUCCCAUGAUUGGGUCCAUAAGCUACAUGACAAGGGGGGAAUGAAAGAGCAGACCUAGGCCGGCCAACUCCAUUUUGUUCUGUGUCCUCCAUCUUGAGUGACUACGUCCCUGACAUGGCCCCCUUUCCCGGAAAACCACAGAAAGAAAUUCCCAUUCAAACCUCAGACCACACCUCCUCCCUUUGAGUAACUUCCCGCUCACCCGUUCAAACUUCCCGUUCAAACCACACCUGGCAACCUGCGCAACAGGACUCUGACCCUUCCCCAGCCAAUUGGCUAAGACCACAACCAUUACCCCACCAACUGCCCCUAGAUCCCUAUAAAACCUUUGUGCUUUUGAACCUCGCGCUCUCUGGCAUCUCACUGCUGCAUUGGUACAGGUAGGGGAUUGAGCUCGAGCUAGCUCGAAUAAAGGCUCUUUGCUUUUGCAUCAGA